GCUGGUGAGACGCUGUGGAGCCCGCGUCGCUGCUGUCAUUCCGGCCUCAGAACUCGGGUGACACAACGUGACCAAGACGGCAAGUUUACCAUAAAUACCAUGAACACGAUGUCGAUACGAGGGUGAAGCCGAGCCGACAGUCGUGUGUUUAGACCCGGUCUCUGCUGGUCCUCGGCGGUCAUGAGGUUCCGUAUGGUGCGGCGCAAGGCGCUGGCGCUGCUGGGGGUCUCGCUGGUCAUUGGGACGCUGCUGUUCUCCACCCGGGUGCUGUUUCUGUCCGACCCGGAGACAACUGACCCCAUCAGCUUCAGAGACAGCCACGUCUCGCAGUCCGAAGAGAUGGUCAAACUGAACUUCGCCUCCCCGUCUGAAUUGGCUGAUUCUGUUUUGAACGCGGAUUACCAGCAGUUCGUUUUGAACGCAGACCGGUUCCCGGAGGAGCCCCAGCUGGUGCUGGUGGUCCAGGUCCACAACCGGUCGGACUACCUGCGCCUGCUGGUCAGGUCUCUGGAGAGUGCCGCAGAGGUCCAGGGCUUCCUGGUCAUCUUCAGCCACGACUACUUCUCUGAGGAGAUCAACUCCAUCGUUCAAGGGAUCACUUUCUGCAAGGUCAUCCAGAUCUACUUCCCCUACAGCACCCAGCUCUACCCCAACUCCUUCCCCGGCCACGACCCCAAGGACUGCCCCCGGGACGCGGCCCGGGACCAGGCCGUGAGGUCGGGCUGCCUGAACGCGGAGCACCCCGACUCCUACGGCCACUACCGCGAGGCGGCCAUCACUCAGACCAAGCACCACUGGUGGUGGAAGAUGCACUUUGUGUGGGAGCGGGUGGGCGCCGUGCAGGGCUACCACGGCUUUGCCGUGUUCCUGGAGGAGGACCACUACCUGCUGCCCGACUUCUACCACCACUACCGCGCCAUGGCGGCCUACCGCGCCGCCAGCUGCCCCGACUGCGACGUGCUGGCGCUGGGGAACCACAAGGUGCCGGACGGCGGCUUCGGCGGCCACUCGGACCGGCUGCAGACGGCCAGCUGGGAGUCCACCAAGCACAACAUGGGCCUGGCGCUCUCCCGCGAGGUGUACUACAAGCUGAUGGGCUGCAACGAGGCCUUCUGCACCUACGACGACUACAACUGGGACUGGACCCUGCAGCACCUGUCGGGGACCUGCAUCGCCAAGCCCCUGAAGGUGCUGGCGGCCCUGGGCUCCCGCGUACUCCACACCGGGGACUGCGGCCUCCACCAGAAGAAGGAGGAGUGCAGGCCGGAGCUGGCGGCGCGGCGGGUGGAGGAGGUCCUGCAGCGGGUGAAGGGGAGCCUGUUCCCCGCCUCGCUCUCGCUCAGCGGGGGGGAGAAGGUGGAGCACCGGCCCCACGUUAAGAACGGAGGCUGGGGGGACCUCCGCGACCACGUGCUCUGCAAGAACUAUGCCCGGCGCCUCUGAGAACUGCACUCACCUCCACGUGCACGGCCCCCCUCCACGUGCACGGCCCACCUCCACGUGCACAAGGUGGACAUCAGGAGGAGGUUCAGCUUCGUAGUUCUGACUGAAAGUCUUCCAGGGGUCAGACCACCAGAUGUUGUCUUGUGUGUGUGUGUGUGCGUGUGUGUGCGUGCGUGCGUGCGUGCGUGCGUGCCUGCCUGUGCGCGUGCGUGUGUGUGUUAUAGAGCUAGAUUCCUAGCUUGAGUUUUAGCAUCUUUCUUAAAACACCAAAGGGGCGCGAUUGCCAAAGACUUCUCUUGAUCACGUUAUAGGCCAUUUGGUCAGGCCAGGUUUGGGAUGAUUUCAAAAGAGUGUGUGUGUGUGUUUUGUGUGUGUGUGUAGGAUGCAAUUUGAGAUUAAACAGCGGAUGCCUGUGACAAUGCAAAUUUAUUAUUUUGUUAUGCAGAAGAUGUCCACAAUGCGUUCUAUUGUGAUCCAAAGAUAAGUAAAUGUUGCUGAACGUGAGAACAGUCUUCAACAUGUCCUACUGCGUUACAUGGACGCUGUACACAAUCGCUUUGGAGAAGAUAUUAAUUUAUGAAUGUCUGUUUUGGAAUGCUUGCCAUCAGACCAGAAAUACCUGAACCGCCUCCAAACAUUGACAAACUAUUUUCCGCCUAUGGGGUAAAGUUUCUCGACUUAAUAGAAGCGUUUGAAUAAUUCACCAAACGUGCCUUUGUUUGUUGAGGAUUAAUUACUGUGCCUUAAACUCUUGCUGAGCCAUUGAGGGGAUGAAAAGUAUGCUGACAUGUUGACCCACCUUGGGUGAAGUUCUAAUCAAUCGAUUGUUUACACCAAACACUUUGGAUCGCUUCUGCAUUCCAUAAAAGAUAUAUAUAUAUAUAUGAAAUGAACAAUGAUAAAAUGAGUUUAUUGACUAAAGAAACAUAUUCUUCCAACCAAAUUUGUUCAUCUUUCUAAGAAAAUAUUUUUGCAAAGCACAAUCGUUGUAUGUAAACUUUGAGGUUCUGGGGACACUUUGCCUUAGUUGGAGAAGAUCCAUGAUGUCUGGUAGAUUGAACAACUGGGUCAAACAAGUUCUCUUUACUUCUGUUCGUCACUAGAAUUACAUUUUCGCUGCUCUGUUCAUGCAAUGCUUGUCAAAGUGGGAGAAUUAAAAUGAUUUAUUGAUA